AUGUCCACAGAACAGCCCAAAGCAGGUCCAGAGGUGAGGUUUUCUAGCUCACGGCAGUGGCCAGGCGAGCGCCAUCCGACUCGAUGGGAUGUGCACGAUGCGAACGAAAGUCCCGCAGUCACGUUCCUGGACCGUUUUCGGGCUGCACUGCUGCACACUGAGGGCGCUGAGGACGACGCCUCGCACGACGUCGACUCAGUGAUAGACAGCUCGGAGAACAUGGACGAGAACUCGGUCAGAGAGUAUACAUAUCCCGUGGUCAUGCUGUCCGAAGUUCCAAUCAUCCUACCAGAAGAGGAAAUGGCGCAACUGCAACAGUCGUUCUUUGCCUCAUUCAAUCACAUCUUUCUAGACGCUGUGGAUGUUGCAAACUGGCCUUCAAAUCCACUUCCUCCGUAUCUCCAGUAUGCGCUUGCAUGUCUGGGGGCCGCGGCAUCAGCUCGGGCGUCUAAUACGGCUGCCUAUGCUGUCGCAAACGGGACCGAUCCAGCCGAUGUCGCGGCAGGCUUGUUUAUUGCUGGUACCAGAUUGUGGUCGGUUAUGCUAGAAGUCGACAACCGCGAAGCUCGAAUGUUAGAGGCAGUGAUUGCCGCCUCGCUCUUGAUCACUUAUGGCGUCUUGUCCACGGACCGGGCGUAUCGGAGGAUGUCGUCUGUUCUUCUUUGCAAUGUUGUUACCAUCUCCAGGCGGUUGCACCUUCCUGAAGGCUGUUCACCGCUGUAUACCUCAUCGGAACUGCCCGAGAAAGAUGUCACCAUAAAAAGUUCUCUUAUGAGCUACCUGCUACUACUCGAUACUAUCCACGCUGUCCAUUAUGGGCUAGCACCCCACUUUUCGAGGACUGAACUCUUCAUAAGAAUGCCCUCGUCGAAUCACCAAUUCCGCACUCUGUAUAAUUCUCUCACACACGGCUAUGCUUUGCCACAAGAUGUUCGAAGUCGAGAAGAUGGCCUCCUGCUUCUCAUCGUGCUCCUGAGCGACAUCAUUUAUACACAGCGAUGUCACCUCUCGAUGCCCUUCUUCACGGAUCGCCAAGACGGCGUGGCUGAUAGGUCGUCAAGCAACCGCAUACCACUACGAAGCCCUUACGUUCCAUUGACCUCCCAGUCAGAAUACACUCGUCUAAGCGCUGACUUGCUGGCUGCCCUUUGCCGAUGGGAGCAGCAUUUCCAACGCCACGUUGGCACCGAUGUCCUCGCUCUCUACUACUUUGUCAAACUCCAGCUGAUGUGCCCCGAACUCGGAAAGCUUCCUCGCUUGGCCGGGUACGGAACUGCCUCAAGUUUCAGGGAAAGUCAACGCAAUCCCUCACCACUCGUGGAACAAAUCGACAUUCCAGACAAAGCAAUGGAAUUUGCGUGGCUUGUCCUCGACUAUUGUGACGGACAUUCACAAGCUCCGGAGCGAAGAUCGGCUGUCUGGCUCCCAGUCAUCUUAUUCCUCUCGGCGUUAGUGGCGUGGCAGAAGUUGCACUCACGACCAAUCGCGGGUCUCAAAUACGGCAGCUUGAAGGUACUCAGCAUGUACAGGGACGAGAUCGCAAAGCUGCCAUGGCCAUGUUGCGUGGAGAUGACGAACACCCUUGACAGGCUCAUGAAAAGAUGA